AUGAUUCCCCUCAGCAGCAGCAGCGGUGUGUUAUGUGUGUCUCUCUCUCGCAGGAACAACGGGGUGGUGGGUCUGACUCCGCCCCUCACGGCCCUCAUCACUCCCGAACCUGUCCGUCAUUCCCGUAUUCCCGAUCUUCCUCUAGACAGUAACCUGCUGUUCGAGUCGCUGCUCUUCCUCUACCUGCUGGUGGCGCUCUUCGUUCAGUACAUCAACAUUUACAGGACGGUGUGGUGGUCUCCAUACAGCCACCCCUCAGCCUCUACCUCACUGAGCUUCCAUCUGAUGGACUAUCACCUGGCGGUCUUCAUCACCGUGAUGCUGGCUAGGAGACUGGUGUGGACCAUCAUCUCAGAGGCCUCUCUGGUGAGUCCGUCGUCUCUGGUGCGGUACGUGGCUCUGAUCGCGGCGCGGUUGAUCUUGCUGACGCUGUGUGGAUGGGUUCUGUGCUGGACCCUCGUCAACCUCUUCAAGAAUCACUCCGUGCUCAACCUGCUCUUCUUGGGAUAUCCGUUCGGCGUUUACGUGCCGCUCUGCUGCUUCCAUCAGGAGGGUCGAGCUCAAUCCGCUCCGUCCGAAUGCGGUUUCUCAGAGCAGGACGGAUCCGACGGGCCUCUGCCGCGGCCCAAAGACUUCCUGAAGCUGCUGCGAGAAAACCUGCGCGAUCAGUUCUCCAGCCCUAAACACAUCCCCACACACACCUGCCCACCGUCGCCCGAGCUCAUCCGCAGCGAGGUCGAGGAGCUCAAGACCGACUUCAACCGCCGCAUCAAAGAAGUGCUCUUCAACUCGCUCUUCAGCGCUUAUUAUGUGGCCUUCCUGCCGCUGUGCUUCGUCAAGAGCACGCAGUACUACGACAUGCGCUGGUCCUGCGAGCAUCUGAUCAUGGUGUGGAUCAAUGCGUUUGUGAUGCUGAUGAGCCAGCUGCUGCCUCCCAGUUACUGCGACCUGCUGCAUCGCUCCGCUGCGCAUCUGGGCCGCUGGCAGCGUCUGGAGCUCGGAUCCUACAGCAACACGCCGCAGCACAUCUGGUCUGACAGCACCAUCUGGCCGCAGGGAGUCCUGGUGCGUCACAGCCGCUGUCUCUAUAAAGCCCUCGGGCCGUAUAAUGUGGCCUUGCCCUCUGACGUCUCUCAUGCCAGGUUUUAUUUCCUGUUCCACAAGCCGCUGCGGAUGCUGAACCUGCUGAUCGGGAUCGAGUCGAGCGUGGUGCUGUAUCAGCUGUACUCUCUGCUGCGCUCCGAGCGGUGGAACCACACGCUCUCUCUGGGCCUCAUCCUCUUCUGUAAUUAUCACGUGCUGUUCAAGCUGCUGCGGGACCGCCUCGUGCUGGGGAAGGCGUACUCGCACCCGCUCGCGGCCGGCAUGAGCAUCAAGCCUCAGUGAGACGCGGACUUCUGCUGUUUAUACCGUCUACUUUUAUGCAACGUUUGUAUCUAUUUAAGAAAAUAUUUUAUUUUGUAUACGGUUACACACGAUGUUACGUUUACGACGCGCCGUCGUAUCCUUUUGUAGCCCGCGUCUCGCGUGACGUCCAAAUUCAGCCAAAGAUUGAAAGAAAACAACUGGAAGAGCUAAAGCCGACCAAUCACGACAAAGGACUGGACGGUCCGGUUCACUCAGUGCUGUUUGAUCAUUUCCACUGUUACUGUGUUUUACGAGUAUUAUCUGUUCAUAGUAUCUCACGUGUCCACUUUGUUUCAAUCAAACUUUGUAGAAAACAGCACCGACAGGAUCUAUUUUAAAGCUUGAGCCAUCAGCAUCCUUCUUUCCUUUUCUGUGCCAAAUCCCAGGGGGCCGUGGGCGUGGCUAGUGCGCUCUGGGCGGAGCCUGUGGACUGUCAGGCUUGCAGUAUUUUUCAGAACCGCUUGUUUCAGAGUAUUGAUGACAUCCAGAAUAAAAGACAAAAACAGCCUGUUCUUCUCAGAUCUGUUGGUGGAUGAUCGUCAUCAUGAAAAAGGCCAGGAAAUGUCUGGGUCGUAUUUCACCCCAAGAGGAAAAUAAAACCAAGAAAGAUUUUCUUUAUAUUAUGAUAGUAUGUUUGUUUUUCUUAUUACAGUCAUGAGAAUUUUAGGGGUGCUUAAUUUCAAAGUGCCUUAAAAAUAAGCUCCAUUUUCUUACAAUGUUUGGGUGAAAUAUAAGCUGGCCAUGUUCUCGACAAGCGUCGUGACUUUAUAAAAACAAUCAUUUGUGGAUCACGCAUGAAUGUGUCUAAUCUGAGCAGUUCUUGCAGUUAAUUCUCAUUCAUGACUGGUGCUUUUAUUUUUUGCAAAAGCUUUUAAUGUGUUGUGCAUAACAAAGGGCGUUAAAAUUCUCCAAA